AUGGACGAGCCUCUCUCCGAACUUUGCAUCCAACCUACUCCAUCCCCGGCAUUGUUGCAACGGAUUCACACCCACGACCCCCGGCGAAGACCUGACCGAAAAUUUCCUACUCCGACCACCACUCCUGUAGAAAGCCCGGAACGAAAACGACAUAAUGCUAUGAUUGAUGGGGGACAGUCGAGUUUUGAGCGGCCCCGAAUGAGGGACAAGGGUUAUAUGUCGAAGCCAACUGCCCAGAGCCAUGCGAACCGUGGGCAGCAGUUUACUGUAGGAGGUGUCAGUGGUGGCAUGAUAUACCUCAGACCUGUUAUUCGACCAGCGCACGAACUACAACAACAGCAAUUCGUACUACCCCCGAAUACUCCACCAAAUUCUGCUGAAGAGAGAGACAACAAGGGUUGGCAACAAGACCACAUAGAUGUGGGCGAUCGACGAGUUAGAAAGCAACUACCCCCAACACCUCCUCCAAAAACACCCCCAAGGACGAGAAGUGGAGAGCAAGAUGAAUAUGAUACAUUCAUUAAAUCUUCCCCACCAAUGCCACGCACCAGAAAUAAUAGGGCCCAUUCGUAUAGUACUAUCAAUGACAAUUGUCCAUCUUUUAAGCCACCAGAUCUGGGGGGGUUUCGAAUGAAGGUGGAUCAGGUGGAUGGUCCCAGUGGGGAGCGGAUGAGGCCAAGAACGGCUGGUCAUCCGAAGCCUUUUCAGACACUUGACGUUCAGAUUCCGCAUUAUAAUUUGGGGUCUCCUCAUUUUUCGCCCAAUGCCUCCGCCAUUCCAAGCCCCAUACCUUCGCCCUCCAUUAUAUCCUCACCAACAUCUGAUGUUCAAAUCCCUCUCAUGUCCCUGUCCUCUUUUAUGCCGUCUACCCCACGUCGACGGAUAGAUCCUGAUAUUUACGAUGACCUUUCUUUUCCGCCAAGCUCUGAGGACCCAUUGAUAGUUCGAUAUGAUUCGCGCCAAGAAAUCAGUGCCGCCAUCCCUGCGCGGAUAAUAUCGCAAAUAACAUCUGCGAAAUUUGUGGACUAUCAUCUUCUCUCCGAUUUCUUUCUCACCUUCCGCCUAUUCAUGUCGCCCUCAGACCUAGUCGCCUAUCUAAUCACAAGGUUGCGCUGGGCUUUUAAUCGGGAUGAUGAUACUGGAAGAGUCGUACGAGUACGGACGUUUGUUGCAAUUAGGCAUUGGUUACUGAACUAUUUCGCCGAUGAUUUUGUCCCUUCAUUCCCUUUGAGAGAACAAUUUGUUAGAGCAUUAAAUGAGUUGUCGAAUGACAUCCGUAGUGAGGCGAAUCCAUCGGAUAUGAAAAUCAUUCGAGAACUCAAAAGAUGCUGGAGAAGGACAUGCGCCUUGUACUGGGAUAGCUCAAUAAGUUUGGAAAUGAGUAUCGAUCAAGAUAUCGUUGCUGGAGGCCCACCCGGGAUUAGGCGUGAGAGAUCUCACUCUACCCUGCUAAGACCGCGGACCGCAGCACCUAGGCUGGAGUCUUUACUGCCGGAUCACAGCUCUGGGACUGAUGCGUUUAUCAGGCAAGUUGUAGAGGCACCGGCAGGAUCGAGGGACGGGCGAGAAAAGACUCAACGUUUCACAUCAAGACCAUCCAGUAAUUCUAGCAGCGAUCAAGUAAAGACACCCUCUCUCCCGUGUUUCGCCCCAGAACGUGCAUCGAUCACAGGUCGAUAUACCCCAACAGCUCAACCUGCUCAAUUCUUUCUGAAACCAAAAUCGACCAGGACACUUACCCCGGUAAGUACUACCAACACCGAUGAGUUGACCAGAAAAUUACGGCCGUCGCCUCAUAAACGAUCGGGAUCCUUUUCGGAUGCAUUGAGAGAUACAAGGCAGCCUUUACCACUGCCAAAAUCUCUCGCACGGUCUACGCAUUUGCUAAUGGCCUUUCCAUAUGCUGGGUCAUUAGUUCGAGGUAACCUAUUUCCGCCAACGCAGGCAUAUGUAGAGGUCAUGGCUCCAUCAACGCCGGUAGCUGAAUUAUCCAAUUUUGGCGCACUCACGACGUUGAACUCGUCAAAUAAUGGUACAAUGGGAAGACGGAAUCUUCAAAAAACCCAACACGAACAAUAUCACAAUAAUAAAAAUGCUAAUAGUCCUGGCAUGAAAAAGUUUUUGGGAAGUGUUAGGAGAGCGUUGAGUGGGAAGGUAGGUGGGAACUUCACAAAUGGUACAAUGAACUCGCCGUCCAUGGGGUAUAGAAACCCUCAUCAAAGGUCUCCAGGAACAAAUUCGCCACAAAACUCAUCUGUAGCAAGAUUCAUAACUGUCAAUGCCCAAGAGGGGAACCGUAGAAUGUCAGGCGAUUCAAGGGCUGCGAGGAUCGAUUUACUGGGGGCCGGUGUCGUUGAGGCUUUCGAGCGGGCAAUGCAAGAGGAGGUAACUCUUGAGGAAACUCAGUGGGAACAGGGGGAUUUUGAAAACAGCGAUACAGACAUUCAAGAAAACAGUGCCCAGUUAAACGAGGUGAUGGACGGGCAAGUGGAUGAAAUGAUAGAAGUUGGGAGUAAUGUUAGUCAAGAUGGAAGCGCAUCACCAGAUAUCACAGACACUGCUCCAUCAAAAUCGACAAAGAGGCAACGCAGCAUGUAUGAUGAUGAACAGUCGCACCGCAGCUUCGUACCUUUACAAGUAAGAAAGCCCCAAGGGAGUGAGCAGGGCGAGGGUAUCAAGCAGCCUCAGGCUAAGCCUUCGUCUACGGAGAUGGAUUCAGCUAUUUUCUCCGGGAACUCUCGAUUACCUCGAAGGAGCAAAUCGUUUUCUUUUGAGAGCUUUCAAAAAAACCCUUACCUGUCACAAAUUGCUGGUGUUGAUAACAUGUCUUUACAUUCUGCGAGAUCCUUCUCGUUAAAGCGGUUAAACUCGGGUCGAAGUCAAUAUAGCGUUGGUAUGGACGAUAUUUCUGAGAUCUUUGGAAACGCCCGUUCUUCUGGUAGUAGGAGAAGGUUGGACCUCCAACCUUCAAGAAUGUUACGGCGCAGGCCAGGUGGAGACCUGAGAGCUGCCGCUACUUUGGGUGACAUGGAUAUGCCUAGACCAAGGUCUACAGGUUCUGUCGAUACCGCAACAUUUUCCACAGCAGACACCUUUGGGAUAUCAGUAUAUCAUAGACCAGCGUCUACCAUAGCGACAUCAAGGGCUGAAUCACCUCAUCAGCAAUUUUUAGCCGGAGUGAUUUCUCUUGGAGCGGUGGCACAGGGCGGUAUCUCUCUCCCAAGGCCUUCUCGUACUUUGAGACGUCACACUGUUGCUCGCUCAUUGGGAUUAGACCCAAGGCUUUCAUUCGAAGUGGGUGUCCAGAAGCUCCGGGAUCUUCCAGAUACUGAAAGUGACGAUGGAGGGAUCGAAGUUGCAUUGAUGAAACUAGAAGGCACGUAUCAGAAAAAGAAGUCAUCAGAAAAUUCUCCUACAGAGGACAAAAUAACUUCGAGACAUCUUGCGCAAGAUCCGCAUGAAUCUCGAGAUUCGUCUAUGAUAACGGCUGAAGAGCAUGUAUCGGAGUGUGCAUUUGGGCUGGAUGGAAAUGACGAAGAAGAUCAUCAAAAAAGAAUGAAACGAAGGCAAAAGCAGGUUUUCGAUCAAACCUCAUCAAAAAAUGUGCCUUCCGAAGAAAUAGGCUUAGUCACACAACAAGUGGAUAUUAACUCUGUGGGGAUUGCAAUGACCAUUGAAGGAUUGGAAGAGGCUGGACACUUGCUAGAACAAGGCCUGGUCACCAAUACAUCCCAUUAUUAUGAAAGAGGAGCGUCAAAUCAACCGCUUACCGCUAUUGAUGGCGCGGAACAGUCUCAUAAUUCUACACCAAUCCUACACCGUACAUUAUUGCCGCAUCCUUCCUCUAAUGAUAUCGCCCUAAGAAGUAUAGACCUGGGGUUGGAGAAGCAUUUGAUCAAGUCUAAAGAGUACCCCAGGGACGACACCAGCGAACUUUCAUCAGAAAUGUCAUUUCAGCCGGUAUCACCGGGAAACUUUGUCUCUUCAACAUUUCCACCGAUACAACCCGGUACGAUUAUUGCAGAACUUGGAAUACCUUCACAUCCUCUCCGACAUACUCCUUCGCCCGCACCUAAUAUUAAAUCGACUAUGUCGUUAAAUUCUGCCCAGGCUACCAAAGUAGCGCAGGAUCCAGUUGUUCCAAGGCCUCAAGCAGGAGCAUUUCAGCAAAUGGACUCAUCAGGAAAUGUUUCCUCAAACAAACCUGAAGAUAGCCGAAAUGCUACUCUAGAGACGACAAUUCAGCCCUCCUCAAUUCACUUACCAUUUAUCCUUGCCUACGAUUCAGAGCUUCUUGCAAAGCAGUUUACAUUGAUAGAGAAGGAUGCUUUGAUGGAGGUGGACUGGAAGGAACUCGUGGAGUUGAGAUGGAGUCAAACAAGUUCUAACGUCAGAGAUUGGGUUGAGUUUUUGAAUUCUAAAGAUAUUAGGGGAGUUGAAGUGGUUAUUGCGAGAUUUAAUCUGAUGUGUAAAUGGGCAAGGUCUGAAAUUGUCAUGACGAAGGACGUCCACGAGCGAGCGAAGACAAUCGUCAAAUUGAUUCAUGUGGCCGCUCAUGCUCGAAGACUUCAGAACUUUGCCACGAUGUACCAAAUAACAAUCGCGCUUUUAACUGCAGAUGUGGCUCGUUUGCGAAAAACAUGGAGUAUCAUUUCUGCUGCAGACAUGAGCACUUUCAAAGAGAUGGAAGCUCUGGUUCAGCCUGUGCGAAAUUUCCACAAUCUCCGUACAGAAAUGGAUAAAGUAACCGGAGAAUCAGGCUGCAUACCUUUUGUUGGAAUAUUCACUCAUGAUCUGAUUCUCAACGCUCAGCGCGCCCUAUUUAUUGCUACAUCGCCAACAACUGAAUCACUUGUAAAUUUCGAGCGGCACCGGACUACGGCUGCAAUUGUCAAGAGACUUCUUCGCCUAAUAGAAGCAUCUCAUAAGUACGAUUUUAAGGCUGUUGAUGGUGUCUGUGAACGGUGUCUCUGGAUAGCCUCGCUUUCAGAUGAAGAAAUACGAGACUUAAGCAAGGCUCUACAGUAG